AUGGGAUGCUGCAUAUCGUCGGGCUCCGAUCGCUCUCGCAAUCAGAAACCGUGCGCCACAGUGAUCUCCGUCGCCGGAGAGCUCCGACGGUAUCCUCUCCCAAUCACGGCGUCGCAGGUGAUUACAUCCGAGACGUCGUCGCCGGACUCCGUCUUCCUCUGCAACUCCGACCGCCUCUACUUCGACGACUACAUACCGCGCCUCGACGCGGAGGAGCCGCUGGAGCCUGACCAGAUCUACUUCGUGAUGCCGGCGUCGAGGCUCCAGAGCCGCCUCGCCGCCUCCGACAUGGCCGCGCUCGCCGUCAAGGCCAGCGCCGCGUUCAACGACUUCAAUCCGCGGCGGAGCCGCAAGUCGCGGAUCUCACCUGUUCUGGUGGCGGAGGAGGAUCCGCGGUCGAUUCAUCCGAUCAAAAUCAGCGGCGAUUCGUCCGUUCACGCCAAACAUCAGAGAAAGGCGGCGCCGUCACCGAGCGGCGUUUCGAGAUCUGGCUCAGUGAGGAAGCUGCAUAGAUACUCUUCGCGGCGAGCGAAAUUGGCGGUUCGAUCCUUCAGAAUUAGGCUCAACACGAUCAACGAAGGCUCAAUCCUCCUUAAUUAA